AUGCUUGUCGCCAUAAACGUAGCCAAAAAAGGAGUGUGCGAGGUGUGCCUCCUUCAGUCCUUCUGGAAAAACUGCUGGCCACGGCAUCGCAUACCGUCAUCGUCGUCAGAUGUUCAAUCAGCCACCAUAACUGUAAAUUUAGAGAGUCUACGGUACUGUGAUAAUCUGCAUGGAAGAUGGCAUUUUCACGAGAUACGAGCCAUUUUCUUACGACGUUAUCUUCUCGAGAAUACGGCACUCGAACUGUUUCUUGCGUCAAGAACCGCCAUAAUGUUUGCGUUUGCGGACGAGGAUACUGUACGCAAAGUGGUGGAUUGUUUGCCGCGUGUGGGUGUUGGUGUGAAAUAUGGCCUCCCGCAGAGCCGAAAGACGAGUCUAAUGACACCUCGGCAACUCUUCAAACAUUCCGAUAUGCCGCAGAAAUGGCAACGACGUGAAAUAUCGAACUUUGACUAUUUGAUGUUUUUGAACACAAUCGCCGGACGUACCUACAAUGAUCUGAAUCAAUACCCGAUAUUCCCAUGGGUACUUGCAAACUAUACGUCAAGCACACUCGAUUUGAAUAUUGCUUCGAACUUCAGAGAUCUUUCGAAGGCAGGGCAUUUGUUUCAGCCAGUCGGUGCGCUAAGUGAAUCUCGUCGUAAAUAUUUCCAAGAGCGUUAUUCAUCAUGGGAGCACGAAACUAUUCCGCCGUUCCAUUACGGUACACACUAUUCAACUCAAGCGUUCACACUGAACUGGCUCCUUAGAGUGGAGCCGUUCACAACGAUGUUUUUGCACAUGCAAAGUGGCAAAUUUGAUCAUUCAAAUCGUCUGUUUCAUAGUAUCGGUGAAGCAUGGGAGAAUUGUCAACGUGAUUCGCAUGAUGUUAAGGAGUUAAUCCCAGAAUUGUUCUAUAUGCCAGAAAUGCUGUUGAAUGGAAACGGUUUUGAUCUGGGUGCACGAGAUGAUGGCACCGUUGUGAGUGACGUGGUUUUGCCAGCAUGGGCCAAGAGUGCCGAACACUUUAUCAAUCUGCAUAGACAAGCGCUAGAAUCGGAUCUGGUUUCGUGUCAACUUAAUCAGUGGAUUGAUCUUAUUUUUGGUUAUAAGCAAAAAGGACCUGAAGCUGUGCGUGCGACGAAUGUUUUCUACUAUCUGACCUACGAAGGUGCGUUGAAUCUGAAUUCGAUUGAAAAUGCAGCAGUUCGUGAGGGCAUCGAACAGCAAAUGAUCGCAUUCGGUCAAACACCUGCACAGUUGAUGACUGAACCGCAUGCACCCAGACAUUCGGUCAUGACUAUUAGUCCGACAAUGUUCCAAUCAUGUCAAGACGAUUUGUGUAUGUUGAUGAAGUUCAUCUCGAACAGCGCAAUCGUUCACAUAAGUGCAAAUACAUUCGCACAAUUACCUCACCCAACGGUAAUUUCAAUAGCGAAUAAUUUGGUGUUCGCGUUGAAUCGAUGGAAUAACUCAUAUACAGGUGAGCAACUGAUCAUGUUCUCAGUGGCAGCACUGGUUGUAUUCGAUGAGAAUUUGAUUGUGAGGCUAGACAGAGUUGUCGAUUCAGAAUUGAGUUGGCGUAGUCUUGUCACGAGAUUCGCGACGUUAGCGGAUUCUCGCUCAGCUGCGACUCCGUUAACGCCAGCGAUUAACUCAUCGAGUGAAGUUGGUACACCGUCUGAAUCGCUUACAAGUGCGCCAAGCAAUUUACCGCUAACCGUUGAUCCAUUAUUAGCAGCUGGCAAUCCGUCACAGCCAUUAGCACGUCGUCAUUUGGGCGAUGCGUUGGAUCAACGACUGAAAAUUCGAUGGAAUAACUUUGUGACGACAGUUGAAAGUCGAACGAUUCUUGUGUGUGGAUAUCCGGAUUACAGUUUUCGUAUUAUCGAUACAGAUACUGCACGAGUUCGUCAAGUGGUAUAUGGACACGGCGAUGUGGUGACAUGUCUGACGAGAUCGGAGGCGAAUCUGUUCGCGGAUUGUUAUGUGGCAUCCGGAAGUUUGGAUUGCACAGUGGUUUUGUGGCAUUGGAAUGCGCAAACACAAACCAUUGCCGGAGAGUACAAUCUUCCGGGCGAAGUGGCUGCUCCACGUGCCAUUCUGACGGGUCAUGAUGCGCAUAUCACAAUGAUUUGUGUCUCGGCUGAACAUGGCCUUGUACUGUCGGCAUCCAAAGAUGGAACGGUGUUGAUUCACACAACUCAAGGCGAUCUGCUGAGACGUAUCGCAUCCACAUUGUCAAUGAACCUGAUGGAGUCUGCUGGUGUCAACUUGCUGUUAAUGUCACGCGAAUGCGUUCUUGUUGUGCUGUAUGCGCGUGAACAUCUGAUUACGUUCACCACAACCGGACGACAGUUGGGAUAUUUAAGGUCACCAGAACGAAUCCUGUGUGGUGUACUGUCAAGAGAUGGUGAAUAUAUAAUUGUUGGAAGCGAAGAGGGACGUGUCUCAGUGCUUCGCUUGUUCCCAUUGAAACUGUUGUAUUCAUUCCAGCAAACAGAUAGUGCGGUACGUAGCGUGGCGUUAUCGUCGAAUCAACGUUUCGUUUUGGCCGGACUUGAUUCAGGUGCCAUAGUAGUGUUCAAUAUUGACUUUAAUAAGUGGCACUACGAGUAUCAACAUCGUUAUUCACUUCACUGA